AUGGAUCUUCCGGUCAGGGGACAGAUACGGUUGAUGUUACUGUCUUUUGCAGCCGCUUUUGCGGCCGCUGGUAACUGCAGGUGUGAGUUGGGGAUAGCGACAACUCCAAAAUUGUAUGGUGCCACUGCUGCAACCAAGGCUUGCCAUAUGUCGUUGAACGCACUGGAUACGGAAUACAUCGAUUUAUAUAUGAUGCACUGGCCGGGGCUCCAAGACCCAUCUCACGGGAAAGUUGUCGAAGCUCAGGGCUAUGGCAAGGAUAUCAGACGAGAAAGUUGGCUGGCUUUAGAAUCCAUGGUUAUGAAUGAACCUGCUGUUGCUCGGGAAAUUUCCUCACAGAAAAGAGAAAGUGAAACCACUGUUAUGGGAAGUGGAUCAUAUCGAGUUCUUCAUUCGAUAGGUGUUUGCAAUUUUCUACCGAAACAUUUGGAAGAAUUGGCUGGCUACUGUUCAAUUCCUCCUGCUGUCAUACAGUACGAAUGUCAUCCCUUGUUGGGCGCCGAGGGAACUGAGAACCCGCUGCGUCGAUUGUGCACGCGUCUAUUCCCAAUGAAGCCAAUUCAUUUCCAGGCACACUCGGCAUUAGCCGGUGGUUCAGCUCAAUUACUGGGGAACGAGGAGUUGAAAGAGCUUGCGGUGAAUAUUCGACGAACGGUUGCUCAAAUCGCCAUCCGUUGGUCACUUCAGAAAGGAAACAGUAAGUAA